AUGCACGCAGUCCUUGAGCUGUCAGAAGGGGAUGCUGGGCAAACUUUCCUGCCCCCUGGCCAGGCGCCGCUCUCCCCCCGGCCCUGCUGCAGGGAGCGCCGCGCCGCGCCCCGGAAGGGGCUUCAAAGCCGCCUCGCCGAAGGCCUCGUUGCGGGGCCCAGGCCGGGCCCAGCGCCCUUUUCCCACGGACGCCCGUCGAGCGGUCGAGGCGCCGUCCGUGCAGUGCCAUUUUCUCCUCAGAUUUCUGUGACGGUGGCGGGCCUGACUGGAAAUGAGCCUGUGCAGUGCAGCCGUGACGUGGUGAUUUGUCCCGAUAACAGUUUGGAAGAGGCCCGGAAAAAGGGGCCCUACGAUGUGGUGGUCUUACCAGGAGGUAAUCUGGGAGCCCAGAACUUGUCAGAGUCUCCCCUCGUGAGAGACGUCUUGAAGGAUCAGGACAGCCGGAAGGGCCUCAUCGCUGCGAUCUGUGCCGGUCCCACAGCUCUGCUUGCGCAUGGAAUCGGCUUUGGAAGCAAAGUGACAACGCACCCCUUGGCAAAAGACAAGAUGAUGAGUGGUGAUCACUACAAAUACUCUGAGAAUCGGGUGGAAAAAGAUGGGCACAUCAUCACCAGUCGAGGACCUGGCACCAGUUUCGAGUUUGGUCUUAAGAUUGUGGAAAUGCUGCUGGGGAAGGAAGAGGCUGCCCGGACAAAGGCCCCUCUUGUCCUGAAGGAGUAGAGCAAGCAUCGCCCAGGGAGCCUCGUCGGCAUGUUUUGCUCCCUUGCUGAGAAGUUGGUUCACGUUUACGACCAGAAGCAUAUUAGCUCCUCCACUGGAAAACGGCCUGAAGAAUCUGAGAAUGAACAAAGCCCCGCUGCUCAUGUCCUUCUACAACUUAACUCAUCCAAUAAAGAGGAGAUGUGUUGAACCGA